GGCAGGGAGAGGGGCCGGUCGCACCGAGCGCGUUUCCCUGGGGCCGGCGGGUUUCUCGGUCCCCACAGCGGUGCCGUCCCCAGAGCUGUGGGGUUCUGGCUGUUCUUCCUCGGCCUUCCCCGAAAACGGCGUGGUCAGAGUGCGCAUUUGCAGUUUAUGUUGCUUCCUAUCGCCGUAAAAUCCCAGAAUUAGAGAAGGGUUUGGGUUGCAAGGGCCUUUAAAAAUCAUCUGGUUCCAAACCCCUGCCAUGGGCAGCGACGCCUUGCACUAGACCAGGAGCAACUGGUCAUGGUUGAGCUAUCAGGAAUUAUUGAUUCAGACUUUUUAGAAAAAUGUGAAAACAAGUGCAAGAUUUUGGGAAUAGAGACAGAGAGGCCCAUUUUACAGGUGGACAGAUAUGUGUUUGCAGGAGAAUAUGAAGAUGCCUUGGGAACCUGUGUGGUUUUUGAAGAAAACACGGAGCAAGUAGAUGCAGAAGGCAACCAAAAAGUACAGCUGAAAUACAAGUGCCAUACAGUGAAGAAGUUGAACAUGACACGGACCCUUCUGACAGAAAAGAAGGAAGGAGAAGAGAAUGUUGGUGGAGUAGAGUGGUUGCAGAUCAAGGACAGAGAUUUUUCCUACAGCAGGCUUAAUAUGAUUUGCAGUUUUCUGCCUGAAAAGGAUGAUUCUGAGGAGUCAGCUCAGGCCCAAGAUAAAUUGACUGAAGAGUCAGAGGGAGAGAGUGGAAAAGGCAAUUCUAACAUGAACUGUGACCUGGAAAAGCAGCACACCUUGGAAAUAGAUGCUCCUAUUCCUUUGCCUGACAGCUCUGCUUCUGGGGCAGAGGAAUCUCCUUCUGGAAAUGCUGCCUUAGAGGAUGUACCUCCAUGAUACUAACUGAUCUUUUCAGAAUUUCUUCACAGAACUAAUGGGCCAACUUUUAUAGGCCAUGACAUGGUUUCCACCUUCUCUGAAAAAUGAAUAGUGGAAAAGCAGACAUUAUGUUCUUGUGCAUUGCUUUUGUGUUUGAAUUAUAGUGGGAAGGGCUUAAGUGUUUUUUAAAAUUACUGACUGGAACUGUAUGCAUCCCUACCUCAUAACUGGACAAAUGGAAAUGGUUACAUAAUUAAGCUUAGAAAAAUGUUGAUGUGUUGUACAGUCUGAAACAUUUUGUAAAAAGAAAGAAACACCAUUGUCUAAAAUAAAGACCUGAAUUUUUCAACUAUA